ACAACGUUCAGUCUGAUUCUCGAUUAGCUAACUGAUGGACGCAAAACAGAAAUUGCUUUAUUAAUUAUUAAUAUAUUGUAAUUAAAAAAUUUGUGUGAAAUACACUUACCAUGAAAUUCACAACGCUGUUAAUCUCAUAUAUGCAAGGUGCGUUGAUUAUACUCGUAUGCGGCAACGGCGUGUCCGGUUCGCGUAAAACCCGAAAGGUGCACGGUCAAGGCCAAAACCCACAUGCCGUCGUACAAACACCGCCUGGCGACUAUAAUAAUCCAGCUGAUUUUUUUCCAACAUACAGCAAUGUCAACGAUAACGGCCACGGCAACGGCAACGGCAAUGGCAAUGGCAAUGGAAAUGGAAAUGGUAAAGGUCGAGGUCAUGGUAAUAAUGGCGGUGGCAAUGGUAAUAAUGGCGGUGGUAAGAAUAACUUGCAAGGCUUCGUGUUAGCGACAGAAUCGGAUAACACUAAAGCACCGGCAGAUUGUGACAAUCCUAAUGGACCUGGUAAUGGUCAUGGACGUGGUCAUGCUUACGGCCAUUGCCGUGGUAGAGGUAAUAAGUUUGGUCCAAAACCACCACCACCAGGACUUUACAAACGUUUCGCUGCAAUCUACAAUAGUGUCGAUCGUCAGGUUCAUGGCGAGGCUUACGAUGAGGAUUUGGAGAAUGAUGAAGUUAAUGAUGAUUUCAAUGGAAGAUCAAUAGUAGCGCCGGGACAAUAUCCACAUAUGGCUGCUCUCGGUUUUCGCUCCUUCGACGAUAGUUAUGAAUACAAAUGUGGAGGCAGUUUAAUUAAUGAAGUGUUAAUUUUAACGGUUGCACACUGCUGUUAUCACAGCGGUCAACAGCCCGAGACCGUUAAAGUUGGUGACAUUAAUUUGAAGAAUAUUGCCUUAGAUGAUGUAUUUCAAGUGCGUCCAAUUGCCGAGAUCCAAGUACAUCCGUUAUAUAAUUCAACACUUUACUAUCAUGACAUAGCGUUGAUACGCUUGGCGCAGCCCGUGGUCUACACCAAUUUUGUACGGCCGAUACGUCUGUGGGUGAGUGAUGAUAUUCCUUACAACAAACUUCAUGCGAUGGGUUAUGGCUCGACAGCUUUUGCGCAGGCGCCCACAAAUGUCUUAACAGAAUUGGAAUUGUCCAUAGUGCCACUGCUUCAAUGCAAUCAAAUUUUACCCUCAGACACCGGUGUACCGGAUGGACUGCUGGAUUCGCAGAUUUGCGCUAAAGACUACGAACGAAAUCGGGAUACAUGUCAGGGUGAUUCUGGGGGACCACUUCAAUUGAAUCUAAUGCGUAAGAAUAGGAAACACUUUCGCUACUAUUUAAUAGGGAUGACAUCUUAUGGAACGUUCUGUCGCAGUGCAUAUCCCGGCGUGUAUACACGAGUAUCGUCCUACAUUGAAUGGAUCACUUCAGUUGUUUGGCCAGAUUAUUAUAAUAGCUAUUUUCCAGCGGAACAGUAAUUAUGAAAUAGAAAUGUUAAAGGAUUAAACAUACAAGUCGCAGAGAGAGUACUUGGUAACCAAGCAAUUUGUUUAUUUAUUAAAUCAAUAAACAAUCCGUGGUAUUAUGCA